UUAUAAUAUCGCGACAGUUUGUUUUGCUGCAGACCCAAAAAAACAUAAUAUUAUUUACACAUAUUAUUAUUAUAAUAUUGCUACGUAUUACUCGAGGAUUUCGAGUCGUUCGCUGUACAUUCACACCGCACAUUUAUACCCAUAAUAUUAUACACACAGGAACGUGUCACGUGACACGUAUAUAAAUCUCUGGAACUUUAUCCGGCGGACAUCUGAAGUUUGCGAUGGCCUCUUCGUUCGGAAAUGAUGAUAUAUUUGAACUAAAUAGAAGUAAAAAGAAAGCCGAAUCAUAUUUAGAUGAAAAACAUAUAAUGUCCUUGGUGAACCAUUUAACCAGUACGUUGUUAAAACACGAACCCGACGAUCCAGUAGAAUUUCUCGUGAACCAAGUGGAAGAAAUAAUACAAUUCCGGGAUCACAGUGGCAAACCGCCACUUCUGUUCAGCGACAACGAUUUAACAAAUAUUUUUAAGGGUGUAGACUAUUUCAAUAGUGGUACGAUUGAUCUAAGUGAAUACUUCACUGCUAUGAAGAUGGUAGGAUUGAAUGAAAACGAAUUUAACCAGAAUCCACAAGUGGACGAAACAAAUCGAAUUGAAUGUAAAACAUUCAUACACGAGACAAAGUUUGCGUUAAUAAAACAGAUGACCAAGAUGAUACAGUAAACGCAAUGACGAUAAUUAUGGGACACAUCAUGUACAAACAACAUGAGCGAUGGACAUGUAAUUGUUGAAUUAGUUAGAAACUUAUUUCUUCGAAAAUAUAUUACAUAAUAAUAACGUUAA